CCUCAGUCGCCGCUUCUGCGCAUGCGCGAGAACUGUCACUUUUGUUUAAAAACCGCGAAUGUGCCGCUGUCAGUGAGAAAUAAACGAAAAAAUGUUUGAGUCAUUAAUGCUUGUGGUUUUUUUGACGAGUCUCGUGGGAGCGGACAAAAGUUUACCCGAAGACUUCACACGAUGUCGACAGAGUGAUCCAAAACUGAAUGACUGCCUCAAAUCAGCUGUUCCUGACGCUUUAAGAAGGAUGAAGACAGGCAUCGCAUCCCUGGCAGUGCCCCAGAUGGAGCCGCUGCUGGUGUCCAGCAUCAACAUCGACUCUGGCGCGGGGCCGGUCGUUAUCACGCAAAACUACCGGAACAUCAAGCUGCACGGCCUCACUGACUCCGUACUAACUAGCUAUAAGGCUGAUCUCAAGAACUUCCGACUACGAACGGACUCCAUCACUCCUAAGAUGGAGUUCUUAGCAGACUACGUGAUGAAGGGCAGGAUAUUGGUGCUGCCGAUACAGGGAAAAGGCGUCGCCAACAUUACCAUGGUGAACCUGGUAGUGAAACACGACCUGAUAGGCGAGCCGAAACAGCGAGACGGCCAGACGUACAUGCACAUCCGCGACUACCGCGUCAAGUUUAUACCGCAGCGCGUCGUGCUGCACUUCACCAACCUCUUCAACGGAGACAAGAGGCUCGGGGACCAGAUGAACUUGUUCCUGAAUGAAAACUCAGACUUGGUCUUCAAUGAGUUAAAGGAAUCCUACGAGAAAUCACUAAGUUCUGUCUUCCAGGACGUCACGAAUAAAAUAUUUGAUAGUGUUCCGAUGAACAAAAUAUUCUUAGAAGACUAAUAGUGACUGUCCUUGUCCAAGUAAACCAUCAUCAUCAUCAGCCUUUAAUAACCCACUGCUUUGCAUCGGCCUUGGAAACGGCAGAAAUAGAUACAUUAGAAGAAGAAGAGUAGCACAAAGAAAGAAAGGCUUAGGCCCAGCAGUGGGCUAAUCAUUCCCUAUUAGGUAAGCUAAAAUCUAGAAAUAAGACACCUUCAAGAAUUCUUGUAUUUAUUGGAGCUGCUUUAAUUAGACAUUGUAAAAAUAACUAGUUAAGUUAUAAGUAAAUAAUUUUAUAUGA